AAACUUCUCAGCGCCACCUGCUGGCGGAUGGAAGGAAGUGCAGAAUGCUGUCAAGUUGUGAUCAGCUGUACUGGAAGCGAUGACAGCGCCCCUGGCGGCAGGAUAGUAGUAUACAGCGGCGCUUAGAGAAGUCUCGGAGCUUGUACCGGGGCUCUCCUGAUCCUGCGGCUCCUGUCGUUCUGCCGGCUGUGUGGACGUUUCCUGCUCUCUCCGGAUGUCCCGGGCCAAGACUCCUCCCUGUACACGGCGGGCGGCGGGACACUGAGGAGAUCCGGGACAGGAUUUGCUGAUGGUCCUGAUGGAUGCCCCGGAGCCAAACCUGUACCUGUCGGAGCAGGUCAUCGUUCUCCUGUCUUGUGCUCUCUCCUUCCUGGGAUCUUUACUCAUCAUCUUCACCCAUGUUCGUUGGCCAGAGCUCCGGAGUCGCCCACGCCAGCUUCUUCUCUUCCUGUCAGUGGCGGACUUAUUAUCAGCUGCCUCCUACUUCUAUGGAGUCCUGCGAGAUUUCGAGAACUCCAGCUGGGACUGCAUUGCCCAGGGGGCCCUCUCCACUUUCUCCAAUACCUGCUCGUUCUUCUGGACUAUGGCAGUGGCCCUGUACCUCUAUAUCACUAUUGUACAGUCCCACCAGAGCGUUGCAGAGCACAUGGUGUACUGGUUCCAUCUGAUCAGUUGGGGAGUGCCGCUGGUGAUCACCGUUGCUGCCGUGUGCCUCCAGAAGAUCGGCUACGAUGCGUCCUACGUCUCCGUCGGCUGGUGUUGGAUCAACAUAGAAGCCAAAGACAAGCUGAUCUGGAUGCUUCUCACUGGAAAGGCAUGGGAGAUCCUGGCCUAUCUGGUCUUACCCAUUCUGUACUUACAAAUAAAGAAGCACAUCGGUAGAGCGCAUAGGGCGCUGUCCGAAUACCGCCCAAUCCUGUCGGCAGCUCCUGUGUACCAGCCUAGAACCAUAGCAGACAAGAAGCUCAUUUUCAUCCCCAUCAUCUUCAUCUUCCUUCGUGUCUGGAGCACCAUACGCUUUAUUUUGACUCUCUGCGAGUCUCCAGCUGUGCACAACCCCAUCCUUGUCGUUUUACAUGGAAUUGGGAAUAGUUUCCAGGGAGGAGCGAAUUGCAUCAUGUUUGUUCUAUGCACUCGUGUCAUCAGAACGCGUCUACUGACAUCACUAAGAUGCUGCUGCAAGUCUACUGGGACAAGUGACUACAGAGAAAGUGCCGCGUCUGAGGGAUACCCGUCUGGCUAUGGCUCAACAGGAGAAGCACGAGACAGCCAGAAGUGGUCUCCUCACCUUCCCAGCACUUGAUCCUGCUAUAGUGCCCAUUAUCCGCCCAGUCAGAGAGUCUUUGGAAAUCCUAUACGUCUUCCCCUUAGGCUGCUGUUAGUGAAGAUAGAUUUUACCUCUUUUACUGGUGUAAGAUUGAGUCAGGAUUUGCGGUGCAUGUGGCGCUUUAGUAUCCCUGUUUGAAUGUACAGGGCUCUCCUUACAUAGAGGUUAUUUUCUCUGUUGAAUGAUUUAAUGAUGCGCACUUUAUGAACAUAUUUUUCUGAGUUUACAAUGUGUGGGGUUAGACAAAUCCCAGUAGCCAGGUCGCCAAUGCACCACUAUUUGGUUGUUUACUGUGGAUGUCUAUUUAACAUCUACUUGCCCGGCCACUGAACAAGUCAGAUUGGCUCCUGAUAUAGUCCUGCCUGUGUACACCGCUGUUAUGGACACUCCACUAGUUGGCUUAAGAGUGAUUUACCAAAAUGGUGCCAAACACAUUGAUGACCUGUAUACAAAGACUACAUUUACAUGCCAGCCUUUAGCUGUCUUUAGGAAAGCUAGUACUGUACAUGAUUUUUUAUCACUUAUAGUAUUUACAUUACCUAUGAAGGGCUUUUUACUCUCUCCCACAAGUGACCUUUAAAGUCUUCCAUACCUCUAUCAUAUGCUCAGGCUCCAGUGAGUAUUACCAGUAAUAUUGCUUUUUGCCUUCCUAUCAUGGUUUGGGUUGUAGGUUUUCAGUGUUUGUGAUGGAGAACUAUAAUGCAGUGUUCCCUAACCUGUGGCUCUCCAGCUGUUGCACAACUAAAUUCCCCAUCAUGCAUAACAGGGGUUGUAGUUGUGCAACAGCUGUAGGUCCUCAAGUAGUGGAGCACUUCUGUUGUGUAUGUGUCUCCAUGCCACAACUUAUUUUUCAUUACAUUUAGGGUAUGUUCAUUCGGCAGAAUUUCCGCAAUUCCGCAGAAAUUCCGUUCAGCAAAGCUUGCCGAAUGGAAUUGUGGAACUUCUUUGUUCUCAAAACCCAUAGGGGGAGAUUUAUCAAAACCUGCGA